AUGUUCUUCCGUACCGCCGUAGUAGCUUUCCUAUCCCUAGCCUACGUGUCUGCUUCAUCUUGUGGACCCAACGCCUGUAUCGGUUUCGCAUUCACUGGUGGAUUCCGCUGUAACUUGGAAACUGGGAAGUGUGGAUCCGGUCUCUUCGGUCUAGUCCCGACCGACGUGGAUUGUGCUUGUUGA